UAAAACGGCCUGUGUGAGUCUGCCUGGGACCUGGAGGGAGGGGAGCUCAGCGGAGCCGGGGCGGGGGAGACGAAGGGGUGGAGAGCGGGGUGGGUUGCAGAGUCCGUGGGUCGAUGGGUCUGCUGGCCGUCCUGGCUAUCCUCAUCCCCAGAUCGGCGCGCCACUUACUAGACUCACCUGCCCCCGAAGCCCAGAACGGGGUAUUCGGAGCAGCCCAGCCACGGGGUUUAAUUACCGUAAUUGUAGCGCGGCGGGGCCGAGCGCUCGGGCCCCCCGGGGGAUCUGAUGUGGCUGGCAGUGGAGGAGGCCCGUGCGCCUGGAGCGGGGCCAGCGCUGUGGAGGUGGGCUGGGGGUGACCUUGUUCGGGGCCCAGAGCCCCGAAUCUGGAGUCUGGAUCCCACCUCAGAUCCUAGGUGUGCGAUCCCGCGCUAGGCGCUUCACCUCUCUGCACCUCGGUUUCCUCGUCUGUAAAAUGAGUUUAGAUUUGGCGAUCUUCCGGUUCCAAAUCUAUGAUCUUAAGUUUUUGUUGAGCUCUUUGUAUUAUACCAUUGCUCCCUGGUGAGAAACCAGAAUCAGGAUGCCUGAGAAUCAGGGAGCAAGCUUUAAAAGCCCCGAGAGCCUUCCUGGCACCCCCAAUGGAAGUUCUGUAUUGUGUUUUGGGCAGUACCAGUACACAGCAGAUGAGUACCAGGCCAUCCAGAAUGCUCUGAGGAAAAGGCUGGGCCCUGAAUACAUCAGCAGCCGACAAGCUGGGGGUGGUCAAAAGGUCUGUUACAUUGAAGGUCAUAGGGUCAUCAGUCUGGCCAAUGAAAUGUUUGGCUACAAUGGCUGGGCUCAUUCUAUCACACAGCAAAAUGUGGAUUUUGUUGACCUCAAUAAUGGCAAAUUCUACGUGGGGGUCUGUGCAUUUGUGAGGGUCCAGCUAAAGGAUGGUUCAUAUCAUGAAGAUGUGGGUUAUGGUGUUAGUGAGGGCCUGAAGUCAAAGGCCUUGUCUUUGGAGAAGGCGAGAAAGGAGGCAGUGACAGAUGGACUGAAGAGAGCACUCAGGUGUUUUGGGAAUGCCCUUGGGAAUUGUAUCUUGGACAAGGACUAUCUGAAAUCUUUAAACAAGCUUCCACGACAGCUCCCAUCUGAACUGGACUUAGCAAAUAUCAAAAGACAGGACUUCGAACCCUCUGUAGAACAGACAAGAUAUCACAGCUGCCUAAAGAACAUGGUUCCUGCACCCCCACAGGCAAAGGAGGUGACGUCUCCUUGUAGAACAAGCUGCACAGAAGCUCCUGCUAUUGUGGCAGAGGGUGAACCAGGAAGUGGCUCAUGCAGAAACAUCUUGUCCUUCGAAGGGGAUGCCACAUACCAGCGGAAGCUUCGGCAAAAGCAGCUGCAGCAGGAGUUCCGGGAGCAGAUGGAGAAGCAGCAGCAGCAGCAGCAGCAGCAGCAGGAUCAAAUAGCAGCUCCUUCAGGGGAAUUUUGGAAUCCUAGUAUAUCAGAAAAGCCAGUGGCAGAGCCCUUGAGGACAAAGAGAGAAGGCAUUGGAGUCCCUCCCUUGAAGCACAGUACUCCUGUGGUUUCUAUCCCAGGACCACUCACUGAGGAAGAAUUCCUUGAAGAUGACCCUGAAAUGUGGGAUCUCUCUUUGGAUGCAGCAGACAUCAAUGCUGUCAAGCCUGUGCUGAGUGAAGGUCCCAGUUCAUCCCACCCUGCUGGUUUAAAGAAUCACGUGACAGCCUGGGGCAAGAUGGCCCCGAAGCUGAGCCACCAGAGGCCCUCUUUGUCAGGGAAUUGUAGCCCUUACAGGAAGAGCCAGGGCCUGAAGAAAAGAAAGUUGGAUCCCCAUUAACUGGGGCCUGGAACCCUUAAGAUACUGGGCCAUAUAAGGACCUAGGAAAAUACCAGGAGACCAUACAGAAGGGCACUUUAGCUCCUUCAUGGCCCUGAGGUUGGAAUAAGUUCCCUACAAUUCUCUUCCAGGGACACAAGUCUUACUCCCUUGGACUUAUCAGACUGUAAUCAAAGCGUUUUCCCAAAGUGAUCUUUUGAAGUACCAGCUUGUGAGCCUUGAUACAUUAUUUUAAUCCGGUAGAUUUCAGUACCUGUCUUCCAAAUAGACUGCAGAUAAAACUUAGGAGAAAUCAACAUUUUUAGAACCCAAGUGCUAUGGAAGAAGUGCCAAUCAACCCAAGCUCUGUGCAGCUUGUAAAUGCUUGGUUAAGACCAGUAGUCACCCAGAGAAGUGGGCCUUAGGUGCGAAGGUCAAUACCUCUCCUUUUGCUAUUGGUUUCUGUGUCUUUUGCCCUUCUUAAGGGCUACGGAUUUGUAAUAAAAUGUAGAUUUUAUUUUUUUAUUUUAGAGUUGCUAGUUGGCAGCUUCCAGCAGUACCUAUUUUCUGUUAAUAGUAAGCACAUUCCCUCAAUGAAGAGUGGGAGACCAAGCCAAUCUGAUACAACCAAUGCGUAAAAAACAUGUUGAGAAUAAAGCUAACCCAGCUUUGCUGCUUAAUACUUCUGCUCCCCUUAGGCCAUUCUCUUUUCUUCAUUUGAGAUCAUCACCUUUUUAUGGCACCCACAGCCUGAAUUUAUUUCCUUUAAUACUGUGAAGUUCAAAUACCUUGAAGCAUAAUCUCUGCAUAAAGGUUUUAGACCAACAUCUUUGUGACAGCUCAGGCUCCAGUAGAAAUCUUUGGGCCUCCUACAGAGCCAGGGAGUUGGCAGAGGGUGGCUCAGCAACAGCUACUGAAGCCUCCACUCCCCACAUUUGGAGUUAUGGUGAUAAUCUACUUUUAAAUUGAUAUUCACUAGAAAUCUGUACUUCUUAUUUUUGUUGUUAGAACUAUUCUUUUUGUCUCCCUCUCUUCCAGUGAAGAAUCAUGUGUAACUUUCAGUUGUACCCUAAGUGAAACUGGCAUUUCUCAAGGAACUGUUGCCUACGAGGCACUAGGUUGCUAAUAGCACCAACCUCUCAGGUUCAUUUUGAGGACCAAGUCAGAUAAUGUGCUUUUCAGACAUCAACAUGCUAUAUAAAAGCUAAUGAGGAUUAUGAUGGUUUUGAGGGCAGGGACUUUUAAUAUCCUCCAAUGCCUAGCACAUAGCGCUAUGGGAGAGCUUGACCCUUCAAGGAGCUUUUUAAAAACAUACUUAUCAUGCAAUAUUAUCUAGCUGUUUUGAUCGCUCUACAAUAUUGAUUGUAGGUUUGCUCAAUUAAUAGAGAAAGAUCCCUUCUAUAUGGAGGGUAUGUGUGAGGAUUUUGCCUCAAUCUAUUCCACUGGAGAAAGAAACCGUCUAUCUUGGACUGUAUUCCUUAUUUGGCUUUCAUACAGUAAUAUAUUGUUAGCCAAGACACAACACUUGUGUACAGUGAAAUAUAUCUCUUUUGGAAAGCUUUAGGACAUGGAUAUUAUCCCAAUCAUUCCCUCCCCUCUUCCCCUAAUGGCAGGGUCUGGAUGGAGUCCUGUCCUGUUACUCUUGACUUUCUUCUCCAUCCAUAACUUGUCACUGUUUACAAGUCUGACAACCCGUGCCUGAAAGGAAAAAAGGAUAUCCUGUAUCCAUAAUGUAAUCUUAGCCAAUGACUCAAUGUGCUAUCAGUAGAGAUUUUUAUUCGCUAGGGGCCUUAGGACUCAGGCCCCCAGGGCUCUGGCAAAUUGGAAAAAAGGCUGCAAAAGAAUCCCCACGGCUCAACAAAAGCAAGUUUGGUUUAUUUGAAUGGUUUCAUUAAAUAAGUCUACAAAGGUAACAAACUGCAGCGCAAAGCGCAAUCUUACAAGAAGCGCGACGGCCAGUUAGUGCAAAAUGUACAAUUAACGGCUGCUCAGAAACCCCCAAGGUUUGAAUUCAUUUUAUUUUUUUUUACAGUGUACAUUGUUAAAUAAUGUAAAGAAAACAUUUGAAUUAAGAAACAAGUUUUUUUUUAAAUGUGGAAAAAGAUACUCAAAGUGUACUAUUAACACAAAAUAAUUUAAACAGUUCAGUAGCAUUAGUUUAUUCCUCUAGGUUUCAGUUAUUUCAUCCACAGGUGGGAAAUCAAUAGUAAAUAAAAACCAGUUCUUGGUAAAUGUU